AUGACAUUGGUUACUUGCCAAGGCGCUAGUAAAGAGGAAGCGGGGAUCGUGGAAGGACAGAGCAAUGGAUAUGGGAAUUAUGGCACAACGUCAACACAACAGCAGCGCGAGCAGCUUGUCAAAAAGAGGGGCCGAGGUCAAGUUAUUCAGUCUGUGUCUCCCAACGACGACGACGAGUUGCUUGAAUGGGAUGACUUGUGUAAGGGGCCUCCGUUCUUCUACUCGUCACGAGUCAUUUUUGGUGGUCAACUAACAGUUUAUGUAUACAGUGCAUUGGCAACAAGACAAUGGUUUAUACUGACCAAGCACCGACGAGCAACCUUUUCCUACCAGCGCUCGCUCAGGAGCGUGUUCCAGAUUCACAAUGAGACUGUCAACAUUUGGUCGCAUAUCUGGGGCACUGCAGGUUUUCUAUAUGCCAUGGGCGCUUUGGGGCUGUAUAUGAGGGAACUGGACAGGCACGAACAAGACGAGUUGGCAGUACUGAUCUACUUCAUCUCGGUCAUAGCAUGCUUCUUUUUUUCCUUUGUUUACCACAUCUUUCUAGACCACAGCCAAAGCGCCCGCAUAUGGACAAGUCGCUUCGACUACCUCGGAAUCGUGGUACCUCUCUGGGGUACCACCAUUGCUAGCACCAAUUUUGGUUUUCGCUGCGAACCUGACCUGCGCAAGACUUACAGUGUCUUCGCCACGGGCGCAGGGCUCGCAUGUGCAGUCACUACACUCCAUCCUUCCUUUACUGGCAUAGCUUCUAAAGGUUUCCGGACAGUAACUUAUCUUCUCCUUGGGCUUUCUUCGUUUCUGCCCAUUAUUCACGGUUUGCACCUCUUUGGGUGGCAGCAAAUGGAACAGAGGAUGAGUCUGUCCUACUAUCUCGCACUUGGGCUUUGUCACAGCACGGGUGCAAUAACGUACGCAAGCAGGGUGCCUGAAAGAUGGUAUCCAAAACGUUACGAUCUUGUCGGGAGUAGCCACCAGAUCAUGCAUGUGCUGGUUGUAUGUGGCGCGGCAGCAUAUGGCCUAGGUGUGCUCAAGGCAAGAGAACAUUGGAAAGGCUUCAAUUGUGCGGGUCUUCAGUGA